UUGGCACCACCGGCGAAGACAAUCUUGGCCACCAGAUUUUGAAGUCUCUUUUAGAGAUUCAACAGCCACACGCACCUCUCGAAUAUAAAUUUGAUCCGAUUAAGACAAUCGCAGCCGUCCGAUUAUUAUAAUGUUCACUUCGAAAUGUUGACAUGCGUAACACCCAAUCACGUACCGUUACCUUUACACAGACACCGAUGCUUCUCUCUCGAACAAUCCUGGCCCGCCCUUCACUCACUCUCUAGCCCUCCAAACCCUUAACCCUCAUAGAACUCUCUAGAAACCCAAAUCAUCUCUUCACUAUAAAGGCCUCUCUUUUUCACUCUCAACCUUGAACCAGAACUCUCUCUCUGAAACUACUUCUAAAAUCUCUCAUAACUUCUGAUCAGUCUCGAGUUGUUCACUAAAGACAUGGAUGAGGAUCUUGAUGUUCCUGCUGGAGAGGAAAUGAUGAUGGACGACAUCGAUCUCGCUGACGAGAGCCCCGUUUUGAAGGUAGGGGAAGAGAAGGAGAUCGGAAAGCAAGGUUUGAAGAAAAAGCUUGUUAAGGAAGGUGAAGGAUGGGACACUCCUGAUAAUGGCGACGAAGUUGAAGUCCAUUAUACGGGAACUUUGCUCGAUGGAACUCAGUUUGAUUCUAGUCGGGAUAGAGGGACUCCCUUCAAGUUCACGCUUGGUCAAGGGCAAGUGAUUAAAGGAUGGGACCAAGGUAUCAAGACAAUGAAGAAAGGUGAAAAUGCUAUUUUCACCAUCCCUCCUGAGCUUGCUUAUGGUGCUUCUGGCUCACCACCAACUAUUCCUCCCAAUGCCACACUUCAGUUUGAUGUUGAAUUACUGUCUUGGUCUAGUGUCAAGGAUAUCUGCAAGGAUGGUGGUGUAUUUAAGAAGAUUCUUGUUGAAGGAGAGAAAUGGGAGAAUCCCAAGGACCUUGAUGAAGUUUUAGUUAAAUAUGAGGCUCAGCUCGAGGAUGGUACAGUUGUUGCCAAGUCUGAUGGGGUAGAGUUUACUGUCAAGGAGGGUCAUUUCUGUCCUGCACUGUCAAAGGCCGUCAAGACAAUGAAGAAGGGGGAGAAGGUUCUUUUAACAGUGAAGCCACAAUAUGGAUUUGGUGAGAAAGGUAAGCCAGCAUCUGGGAAUGAAGCUGCUGUUCCACCAAAUGCCACGCUUCAAAUAACCCUGGAGUUGGUCUCAUGGAAGACUGUGUCAGAGGUGACUGAUGACAAGAAGGUUAUUAAGAAAAUCCUGAAGGAGGGAGAGGGAUAUGAGCGUCCAAAUGAUGGCUCUGUUGUUAAAUUAAAAUUGAUGGGGAAGUUGGAAGAUGGUACAGUAUUUUUUAAGAAAGGACAUGAUAAUGAGGAUGAGCUGUUUGAGUUCAAGACAGAUGAGGAGCAAGUAAUUGAUGGGCUUGAUAAAGCUGUGGCGUCAAUGAAGAAGGGUGAGGUGGCUCUAGUGACUAUUGCACCAGAAUAUGCAUUUGGAUCAUCCGAGUCAAAGCAGGAGUUGGCUGUUGUUCCUCCUAACUCAACUGUAUACUAUGAGGUUGAGCUGGUCUCCUUUGUCAAAGAGAAGGAGUCAUGGGACAUGAACACCCAGGAAAAAAUCGAAGCUGCUGGUAAGAAGAAGGAAGAAGGCAAUGUUUUAUUCAAGGCUGGAAAAUAUGUAAGGGCAUCCAAAAGAUAUGAAAAGGCUGUUAAAUAUAUAGAGUAUGAUUCCUCCUUUAGCGAGGAGGAAAAAAAGCAGGCCAAGGCGUUAAAGGUUGCUUGUAACCUAAAUAAUGCUGCGUGCAAGCUAAAACUGAAGGACUAUAAAGAGGCAGAAAAAUUGUGCACCAAGGUGCUAGAGUUGGAGAGUAGAAAUGUAAAAGCUCUCUAUAGGAGGGCCCAGGCAUAUAUUCAGUUGGCAGAUUUGGAUCUGGCUGAGUUUGAUAUUAAAAAAGCCCUUGAGAUUGACCCUGACAAUAGGGAUGUCAAGCUCGAGUAUAAAACUUUGAAGGAAAAAAUGAGGGAGUACAACAAGAAGGAAGCCAAAUUUUAUGGCAACAUGUUUGCCAAGAUGAAUAAGCUGGGGCCGCUUGACUCUAAUAAAUCUGAAUCUGAGGAGUCGCAACCAACUCGUGAAAAGACAGCCUAGCAGGAAUUUUUAGUAGAGUGACCAACUGGAACAUGAAGGAGCAAAUCCUGGUCUAUUCUGUUCUUUUACUGUUUUUGGUUUUGCUUAUGAUGUGGAGAACUUCAUUAUUUGGUCUUGACAUUAGAAAAUUGUAACGGAUUCUCCUAACCAAGAGUGGUGAUAUUUGCCCUAAAUUUACCUAGUUGGACAUGCCGUUUUUAUUUUUGGAGGGGCUUAUAGAUUAAUCAUUGUUUAUCCUUUUGUAACGCAUACUGUUGUUUGUUGUAUUUGAAAUGCUGGCUGCUUUGGUAGGGCAUGGGAGAUUAAGGACAUGAUAAUUUACUAUUGGUUAACUUUAUAUA